CUGGGUCUUCGCACCGGUCGCUGGCUCCCCGAGGUGGGUGGAAGGUGGGUCGGGUUGCGCCGCCUGCGGUCGCGGGCCUCGCCUCCUCUCGCGCUCCGCUGCGGCCCCACGAUGCCGCAGUACCAGACCUGGGAGGAGUUCAGCCGCGCGGCCGAGAAACUCUAUCUCGCCGACCCUAUGAAGGCACGUGUGGUUCUCAAAUAUAGGCAUUCUGAUGGGAGUUUGUGUAUUAAAGUAACAGAUGAUUUAGUUUGUUUGGUGUAUAGAACAGACCAAGCCCAAGAUGUCAAGAAGAUUGAGAAAUUCCACAGUCAACUAAUGCGACUCAUGGUAGCCAAGGAAUCCCGCAGCGUUGCCAUGGAAACGGACUGAAUGGUUUGGAAGGAAGAUGACCCUUCUUUGGAACUUUCAGUGCCCGAGAACAACCGCAGUUACUUCAAGCGCAUGGUCACUGCUGUACUGAGACCACCGUAUUCCAGAAGGCCUUGCCACGCGUUUCCCAUCUGUGUUUUCUCAGAAGGGCUAACGAUGUGACCCGUGAAGUCUGCGGGUGUCUGUGCCACCGCUGCCCGUCUCUCCCUUCACCAGGAUGUUGUGUGACUGUCACGAUGUUAUGUUGUCCGCUGAACCAGAAGUAUGAGGUUAUUUGAUACUCAUCAUAUAAUUGUAACCCGAGUUUCACCACCUAAAUGUUCGCGUGUUGCUUCCUAUGUUAAAAUAUUUUUUGUUAGGAAUUUGUCAUGUUGAACAAAUUUUAACCUGGGAAAUUCCGUCAGCCAUAUGACUUUUUUCAUGUUUCCGAGAAGUCUGUAAAAUAUUAUAUGGAUGUAUGUUGUCUCUUGAAGUUUUUAACUUCUCAAGAAUUUAUUGAUUUCUUGACUGGCAUAUACUAUAUUCAUUUAGUCUAAAAUAAGCCUAGUGAUACUGUAAGUAAUUUUUUUUUGUCUGUCAGUGCCUUUUAUUACAUGACUUUCUGUGAAGAUCUAUGUUGAUGGCAAGGUGGUCUCCUUGGUUAAGAAAAGUAACAUCAAAUAGUAAAGGCUAUUUUGGGUUUGUGGUACCCCCGCCGCCUAGAACGAAUGGGGUCACUGGAGGAUUUUUUGGAUCUUUUUUCUCUCAUUUACACCUUCCACUUCUUAACGGUACUUCGUAAAAAUAACCUGGAAGGGACAGACUGGGAUUCGGGGUCCUGGGGUCCUCGUAGCUCAGAGCAGAGGGCACACGCACGCCAGACUCCCUGGCCUGCAGUCUUGGCCCCACUGCUCGCCGACCCUGGUCUCAGGAUGCUUCGGACACCGGGCUCGCAGGUGCUCCUGGGACUUGACGAGGGCUGAAUGGCGUCACCUCUUUCAAGCCCUCAGCGCAGUCCCCGCAGCGGAAAGCUCCAUCACAAGAGCUGUCGGCAGGAGGACAGUUCUCAGGGAAAGGGUGUGGCCAGCCUUUAGUUUUAUUUCAUAAUUUUAAUUGAAGGAUUAUUUAGAGACAGCAUCUGCCUUUUCUGCCGAGAGCUGUGUCUAUUAUCAAACGCUGCUUCUGGCGUUUGGGAAGUGAGACAAGACUGCCCGCAACAGAGCGUGUUCUUCUGUGGGGAGAAGCCGAAAUCCUCGAACCUAAAACUUGUGUUUAUUUGUCCCUACACAAAAUAAAGUUAUUAGGAGAAUCA